CAGUGUUGGCGCGAGAUCGUGAAAGCUGUUCGGAGUUUUCACGCGCUUUCCACAUUGCUGCUUUUAAGAAUUCACGUUCGGGCAACAACAUGAUCGGGCAGAAGACUAUUCAUUCAUUUUUCUUACCGCUUUCCAAAAAGAGGUCUUGCAAAGACUUCAACGAGCAGGAUGCUAAGGACUCGAGGAAGCGCAAGUCCUCGGAGGUUGAGGCGGAGCCCUCCGGCUCCCGCUCGGCUCCUCUGUCUCAGGAGCAGCUGGACCUGAUCGCCCGCAACAAGAAGGCGGCGUUGGAGAGGCUCUCUUCCGGUCGGACUCCUACCGGUUUUGGGGAGAGCUGGCAAAAGGCACUGGCUGCUGAGUUUGGGAAACCUUAUUUCAAACAGUUGAUGCAGUUUGUCAACAAAGAGCGGAAACAUCACACUGUGUACCCGCCCGCCGACCAUGUCUUCACCUGGACGCAGAUGUGUGAAGUCCGCCAUGUUAAAGUGGUGAUCCUCGGUCAGGACCCGUAUCAUGGUCCAAACCAAGCCCACGGAUUGUGUUUCAGCGUCAAAAGUCCUGUGCCUCCCCCUCCCAGUUUGGAGAACAUGUACAAAGAGCUGGCGACUGACAUUGAAGGCUUCCAGCACCCUAGGCAUGGAGAUCUAAGCGGCUGGGCCAAACAAGGUGUGUUGUUGCUCAAUGCCGUGUUGACGGUGCGUGCGCACCAGGCCAACUCGCACAAAGACAAGGGCUGGGAAACGUUCACCGACGCCGUUGUGCAGUGGCUCAGCGACAAUCUGGAGGGCCUGGUGUUCGUUCUGUGGGGGGCGUACGCUCAGAAGAAGGGGGCCACCAUUAACAGGAAACGACACCACGUCCUGCAGGCGGUGCAUCCGUCUCCCCUGUCGGCUCACCGUGGAUUCUUUGGCUGCAAACAUUUCUCAAAGGCCAACGAGCUUCUGAAGAAAACCGGGAAGUCACCUGUUGACUGGAAGGCACUUUAAAUUGUUACACUUGUCUGCUUUUUUUUCGCACCAUGUUGAGUAACUACACACACAGACUCCUAUAAGCAUGUCUACAGUUUCAAAGUUAUCUUUCGAUAACAUCUUUACACUAGGAACUCUCUCAACGUUUGUGGGAAGUUCAUGUAUCGCCUUUCUUUUUUUUUUAUACAUUUCUGUUGUACUUGGAGUUUUAGUGUUGCAUGUUUGUACAAUGUGGCCUUUUUUUUUUUUUAUAAUACAAAAAUGUUACUACCUCUCACAUUUAUUCACCUGUCUGGCUCAAUCGUUAUACUAAAAAGUUGAAGAUAUUUUUUUUUUUUUUUAUGGAAUAAAGACUCAUGACAAGCACGUGUGGUUUGUCACUGAGGCAUAUGUUUCGGGCAAACGAACAGCCAAUGAUGUUAAAACAUUUGAGGUGCACACAGGUCGUGUAAGGAUGAACGUUGUACUACUGAAUCUACAGGUUUUUCUUUAGAGCCUCUAUGGAAACGGAAAAGGCCAAAUGAGGCAGAAGAGCCUACAAUUUCAAAGACAACAUCGCAGUCCUACUUAAAAUCCAGAUUUAUCGCUAGAAGUGAUCGUCUCGCACGAAACCCACUCGAAUAUGCGGUCACACGCUUGCUAAUGAGGCCCUCAAGAUGGCCAAUAAAAGUACUGAAUAUCUUGCUUCAAUUUCUAACAUUCUAUCUUUGUGAAGCAGGUUUUGAGUAAUGAUGGCGGCCAAAAUAAAAUUACGGAUUAAUAUUUCGGGUGUCACAGUCUCCCAUUACCCCAAAAUGGGACCAGCGUGUUGAG